AUGGGCGGUAAAGGGGAGGACGAUGACGACCACAAGGGUCAGUCGCCGCCGUCACAGCAACAGCAGGCGCAGGACGCCAAGGAAAAGGCCGGGAAGAAUUCGUCAUGCCAUUGGACCCCUGAGGAGGAUAAGAUUCUGCUGAACCACGUGAUGCGCUACGGCAGCCGCUACUGGGGGCUGCUGCAAGCCACGGGGCAGCUGCCUCAGCGGGACCAGAAGUCAUGCUGCAACCGCUUCCUGCUCCUAAAAAAGCGAUGUCUCGGGACAACAUCUGCGGUGGUCGUGGAUGCUUCUCACGCCGCAGCGGCUCCCGCGCAGCCCGCCGCACAAACUCCGUCAGCACCGUCAGCGUCGCCAGCACCGUCAGCACCAGCAUCACCGGCACUGCAAUCAGCGCCGGUAGCAUCACCGUCCCUCCCGUCUCCCACUCUCUCAUCACCAGCACCCGCAGCGGUGUCAGCAGCUGUCGGAUCUGCCGCCCUUACCGCCACGCGCAUCCAGCCGUCAGCGCCGGCCUCGUCUCCCGCCAGUGGGCCGCGUGCGGGGUCGUCCAGUGCCGUGAGCACCAGCGGUCUCGUUCCCUUAGGAUCGCCUGCUCCCGGACCCGCUUCCGUGUCGCCGCUGUCGCCGUCUCUUUCACCGUCUCCGUCAACUCUACCUGUUUCCCCAGCGCAGCCAGUAGGCCAGUCGACGACGUUAACACAACCUGACGUUCGUGCGACAGAGCAAGCAGUCGAUCAAUGUGCUCCCGCUGGCCAUGUCCCGUCGGGAAAGGACGUUUCCUCACCGCGCGCGCUCGUAAACGCAGCGGCUGUAGGCGGAGAAGUUGCGGGUACUGCGCAGGUGCGGGUGAAAGCGGAAGAGGAUUCGGCAGUGAUAGCGGGAAGAACGUUGGCGGAUGCGGUAGCAGAAGCAGCCGCGGCGGCACUUCCGGCGCGGAGCGGUGUUGCGUGCGGUGGCGCGGGAGUGAAGGCGGAGCAGUGCGAUGCUGCCGGAGAGAGCGGGGUGUCUGCUUGUAGCGGGGAUGAAGGUGUAGCAGCAGGCGGUUCUGCUGCUGCUGGACCUGCCACGGUUGCAUCUACCAGCGGUGCUGGUGGCAGCGGCAGCAACGGCGGUGCGCGUAUGGCGCCCGUUCUUCUCACCAGUGUCACACCGGACCUCAUGUCCGCGGGGGCCGCAGUGGCCGCCGUGCCGCUGCCGUCGGUCAUCGCCACGCCGUCGGAGCGCAAGCGCAACAACAAGGUCGUCGCGUGCCGCAUCGCGCUGCUGCUACAGCAGGUCACCCCGCGCCCUCCCUCCGCGCCCACCGCAUCCGCUGCCGGGGGGGCUUCUGCUGCGGGCGCCACUGGUGAUUCUUCCGCCGCCGCGGCUGGCGGAUCCGGUGAUUCCGCUCCCGCGCUGGCCGCGUCUGCGCCAUCGUCCAUCCGCGCGUCGCCAUCAGCAGUAGGGGGCCCGUCCACCUCCACGGUUGCUUCCGCUGUACCCGCUGCUUCCGCUGCCCCCGCGCCAUCACCGCUAGGUUCCGCCGCGCCCGCGCUCCGCUCCGGAUCUGGAGCAGCCGGACAAGGGGGGAAGUGCGUGAAGAUGGAGGGUGCUGACGUGGGCAGCGGAUCUUCCGCUCGUUAUAAUCACCACAUCCCGCCUGGUCAAUGUGGUCAGCAGCAGCAGCAGCAGCAGCAGCAAAAUGCAGCUUUUUACCAGGGUCAACAGGAGCAACAGCAUCAACAGGGCGUGUGCAGCUUCCCGAAUAUAGCCGCGAACCAACAGAGUGCGCACACAAGCGAGAAGGGCCGCGCGGGGACGCGCCCGGGAGCUGCGAAUACCGACGACGCUACGCCGCCAGCACCGCCUUUAUCCCCCGCGUUCCCCGAUUCUUCCCCCGACCACCUUGUGCGCUGCCACUCCGAGCCCUGCGCCUCCGCCGUUCCGCAUGCACCCGCCUCAACCGCUUCCGCCUCGCCGUUCUUUCCGCCGCAGUACCAUCGUCCUUCCCCCGCUGCCAGCCUUCCCGCUUCCACCUCCCCUUACCCCUCCCGCUGCCCUGCUUCUGCCGCUGGCGCACGACUGACCGCCGCGCACUCCGCGCAUGUGUCCCCGUCCGCGGGGACUUACGCUGCGACAGCCGCUGCAAGCGCGGAGAACGGUACCCCACCGGCCGCGCACCUUAUUUCCCCGUUCAUCCAGCCGCCCGCUACUCCCACGUUUAUCCCCGCUUCCUGCCCUUCCGCCAACCGCGCGCUCUCCCCGCUCCUCCUCUCCCCGGCCGCCUUUCCGCUCGACGAUCCCGCGCCCGUUUUCUCGUGCAACUUUCACCCUCCCGCCGUCACCGGCGCACGACCGCUGCCUCCGCCGCUUCCGCAAUGCGCGGAGCAUGCCCCCCCGGGUCAUCCCCUGGGGCGGAGACCGCGCAGGCUAGCUUUCGGCGGCACUUCCGCCGCAACUCCCGGCGUCUCUUCCGCUGGACCCACUGGCCGUCCUCCCGGUGUCUCUGGUGUCGAUGCUGACGUCAUUACAGGCAGCAAGGCGAUGGGCGGAAGAGCGGGUAUCGCGCGGCGGAAGCGGCAGGCGUGCAGCAGCAGCACUGGCGGAAGCAGCAGCGUGGGGCGCGGGGAUGGCGGAAACGAUGCGGGUGAUGUCGCGGGGCAUGAGAUGGCGCCGGCGGACGGCGCUGGCGCUGGUGCUGCGCGGGGAACGACGGCGGAAGCGGAGGAGGAGCAGGGAAGAGCGGACGGGGGAGAGGCGCUUGGGGAUGCUGGGCGGAGCGGAAGCAGCAGCGAGCAGACCGGAGCGGGUGGUGGGGGGGAAGGGGAGUGGGAGCGAGGAGCGAGAGGCGACGUGAAGCGACACGCCGUGGAGACCGCGUCACGGCCCGGCAGCCCUUCGCACGCCCCUCUCGUUCUUCUCGCGCCGCAUGGUGCCCUGCCCGCUGCCACCGCACAUGCCGCUGUGGGUGGACACAUGUCCUCCGCCGUCGCUGGCUCUAUCACGCGCAGCCCGGGGAGCAGCGGGUCAGCGUUCUCCCCCGCCAUGCGCGCACAGCAGGCGCAGCAGCAGCUGCACAGAUGCGACGGAUAUGGAACCCAUGCGCACGCGCACGCGCAUGCACACACACAGGCGCUUGCGUGCGCUCACGGACAGUCGCCCAUUGUUCACAACGCGCCCACGCCUUCCUUUCCUUCCCCAUCGCCGGCACCCCCACCAACCUCAGCACCAAUGUCCCCUAACCCCCGGCUGGGCCCUUCUCGAAGCGCGCCCGUGACGCCCGCAUCAGGGUCGUCCGCCCUCGGCGCGCAUCAUCACCGGCAGCAGCAGCAGCAGCAGCAGGAGGAGGCGCAGCACGCGGCGCUGCACAAGAGCACGUCGGCGGACUCGUUCCUGGCGGGUAUGCGCUGCCUGCUUCCCCUGGGUCGCACCACCUCGCACCGCUGGUUCGCCCCCGCCGCUGCGCCGCUCGGCGAUGCGCCUCUUCCGCCACCGCAAGCGCCGCACCCCGUGGGGGGGCCUUCUAGCGUGGCGGCCGCAGCAGCGGACGACAUGGCGGUGUUCUCGCUGCCCUCGCCGCACCACCCGCUUGCCGCCAGUCGCCUACGCCCCCGCGCUGCGCCGCCUCCGCCGCUCUUCCUCUCCGCCUCCUCCGCGUCCUCGCUUCAAGCGCUGGUGGAGGAAUCAUUCCCGGGCGGCCUGCACCCUGCUGCGCUCGCUGCCGCGGCUGCCACUGGUGCCGCUGCUGCUAAUACCCCUGCCGCCACGGCCGCUGCUGGUGGCGCAGGUGCGGCACCCCCGCUGGCUGCACGCGCGAGCGGUUUCGAGGUUGCGCCUCUUGGCGCGGGCGAGCGGGAAGGCGCAGGCGCGGGCGCGGUGUGCGAGGUGAUGAGCGCGGAGGACGAGGAGGCGGAGCAGGAACGCAUGGCUGCGCGCACCCUACUCCGCGUGCUGGAGCUGUGGCCGCAUGCCAUGCUCGCAUUCGGAGGGGAGGGAGAUGAGGAGGAGGAGGAAGGGGAGGAGGAAGGGGAUGGAGCAGGAACAAAGCUCCACCAGGGAGAGGUCGUCAGCGCUCUGCACACUGCUGCUGCUGCUGCUCACGCGAGCAGCGCGGCACGGCAGGAUGGCGUAGCAGUCAAGGGCGGGGAGGCACAAGGUGCAGAUGGCAGUGACGGGCAGCAGCAGCAGCAGCAGCAGCAGGCUCUUGGAGGUGACUUGCACUUGGGCCGAGGUAGGGACGCAAGGAGUGGCGGGAAUGGCACGGAGAUGAGUGGACGGCAGGUGAAGAUGCUGCCACAGCAGGCAGAGGAGGAUGGCAGGCACGAGAGGCAGGUGUUGGGGCAGAAGCGCGUGAACCCGGCGCCCCUGGACCUGCCUGUUGCCAAGCGACUGGCCAUGGCCACCCACAUGCCCCUCCGCCAUGCUGUUGCGGCUGCUGCUGCACCUGCUGCUGGGGAGGCGUCUGCCAGCACCGCUGCUGCUGCCGCCGCGGCUGCUGCUGCUUUGGGGCUUUCAGCUGCUACGGCUGUGGAUAAUUCUCACAGUGGUGGUGGUGGUGCUGUGAAUGCGCUGGUUGCGAAUGGCAGCAGUGGCCAGGUUGGUUCAGGAUGGGGGGUGGAGGAAGAGGACAGCGAAGAGGAGACAGCUGUCCCCAUCCAUCAGCAGCACCACCACACAACACCUGCUCUUGCAGCGUUUACAACCAGUGCUACAGCCGGCACUGGCGGCACUAGCAUGGGAACAGCAGCACACACGGCCGCAAGUCAUGAAGCAUCAGCUGUGGCAGGCAGCAGCAAGUUGGCGAGGGGCGCGUGUGGCAACAGCAGUAGCAGCAGCAGCAGCAGCAGCAGUGCCGGGGCGGGGAGCGGAGUGAGUGAGAGUGUGAUGGAGUACCUGCAGACCAUGGACGACCUCCCAGGCGCGUCCGUGCUGCUGCUGGACAAGACCAGUGACUCAGACAGUGACCACCAUGGUGCCCUGCCGGGCAGCGGUGCCGUGGGCGGCGAGGCAGCUGGAGGGGGACUCCAGCAUGCGGAAUCACCUGCUCCGCCUGGCCCGUUCCUCUCUGCGUCUGUUGCUGCGGCUGCUGUUGCUGUUGCUGCCACUGCUGGUGGUGGUGGCAAGGCAGUGUGUGAGGCGAUGGCAGUGCAGGAGGAGGGGGGGGCAGCAGGAGGUGCCGUGGGGGGGUGGCACAUGGACGUGGACUCUGCACCGCCUGCUGCUACCGCCGCCGCACACACAGCUGCUGCUGCCCCAACCACCAAGCACGCGGUGCUACCACCUGCGGCUGCAGGCUGCCUGGGGAAGGCCUCUCAUACGCCUGACGCCUGUGUGACUCUUGCCGCCUGGCCGCACCUGCAUGCUGCUGGCAUAGCUGGCAGGGGAGCCGUGGGUGCUGCUGCUGCUGGUGGUGGAGGGGCGGUGGGUGCAGGGGUGGAGAGGAGCAGGGCGCGCGGCAGCUUGGGGGGGUGCUGCUUGGAUGUGGAUGCACAAGGGGUGGGUGCACGCACAUACAGUGUCACUGCCUGUGCCUCCAACCUUGGCUUCUGA